GACAACUUUCAGUUUACGUUCAACUGCAUUUUCAUCCCUGACUCGGCUAAUCCGUAAAUCGCUAAAGUUUUCACGCAACCGGAAGUAAUCGUUGGAACGUGUGUCACACGUUGUUGAGCACAGACGUGUUGUAUCCACGCUUGAACAAACAAAGGCCUUUGCGCAUGCGCAAUGUGCUUAUAGAGCUUCCACGCACGAGAUAUAAAUACAAAGAUCAAAAAUUUUCUGAUGACAACAAAGCCUGACAAAGACCAUUCAUUGACAUAAACACGAAAUCGCGGAGAAAGAAGCGGAGAAGUUGACUCGCCGUCAGUCAGGGUACAAAGCUAGUGAAUUAACACAUAAUCAUUCUGAAAGAACUAGAGUAGAGCGAGGAGGUCUGCGGAUCGGGCAUUCAUUCAUUCAAGUUGGAUUCUUCAAGUUUUAGCACGUCGAACCUCUUCGUACGCCAUCCCUUCGCGAACAUGGGAUCAAGAAUAUCAUCUGUGAAAAGAAGUGAUCAUAACGACAAUAGAGCUGGAGUUUCACUCAAAUCGCUCAACUUCUUAAAAGACGAAGAAGAUAGGGCGCGCGAUUUGGCGCGACCGGAGAAGCUCGAUACGGUGUUAGAUCGACCGCCAGCAACUAAAGAACGGCAGAAGGAAUACUCAUGGAACCCGUCGGAUCGAUCCGUCAACGUGUUCGUUAAAGACGACGAUCCGUUCACAUUUCAUAGACAUCCAGUUGCUCAAAGUACUGACUGUAUUCGAGGAAGAAAAGGAUUUAAUCGAGGGUUUCAUGUUUGGGAAAUACAUUGGUCAACUCGGCAGCGCGGUACGCACGCCGUUGUAGGAGUAGCAACAGCAAAAGCCCCACUACAUUGUACAGGUUACCAUUCAUUGAUCGGUAAAACUGAGGAUGGCUGGGGAUGGGAUAUUGUAAGGAACAAACUAUAUCACGAUGAGAAGAAUAAUCCUACGGUUAAAUACCCAUCACAUCACGAUGUUGAACAUAACUUUAUCGUUCCUGAUAGAUUUCGUGUCAUAUUGGAUAUGGAUGAAGGCACAUUGGCCUUUGAGACCAUAGAUGGCCGUUACUUAGGGGUUGCAUUUAGAGGACUUAAAGGACAUACUGUAUAUCCCGUAGUGUCUGCAGUAUGGGGACAUUGUGAGAUCGCUAUGCACUACAUUGGAGGACUUGAUCGUAAGUACUUAUUGAUUUCUACGGGAAAUGCUGUACACAGUAGACUAGGGAGGUCUUUGUUUACCCUAUGUGCUCAUUCAUCCAGUUUGACAUCUAUAUUAAAACCUAGAGAUUGAGAAUCAAAGAUGAAGAUUUCAAUAUUAUCUCAAUAUAGUCGCUCGCUUCUUAUUCAAGUGAUCUCACAUAGCAAUUUUAGUUUCGGUUUUCCUUUACUCCCGUCAUUUCCCCUUGACAUCCGACACGUAAUAUUCUCACCGACUGGGUAUUCUUUCAACGGAAAAGCAUUGUACACCGCCUAGAUUUCUAACAAACAUCAAUUUACUGCAUACUUUUGGGUCAGUGGAGGUUAUUUUUACGGAAAUCGAACCUUCGAUCAAGCUUCGAACCCACACGAUACAUAGAAGAUGAGGUCACUCUAAGCAAUCAAUCAGAAAUGUUAUUUUGAAACAUGUCAAAUAACCUCAGAAUUUUAAAGUUGCUAAAAUCAUARGAUAUGAUUUUGAGAAAAUUAUCAGGUAAAUUUCAAGAAAUUGAUGAUUGUGGAUUUUGUUUCUUUGUUUCAUAUCUUUCUUUCAUCUCGUGUUUCCACGAUACAAGACCUUUGUGCCUCCAAUGAAUGGAAUUAAUUAUUCAUCAACUGCAUCAAUCAAAAUCGAUUUUCGACCAGAAAAAAAAMCCGGCAAAACAUCGAGAUGUUUCAGUGCACRUUACGAUUUUUAUAAAUGACAAUAGUUUAUGUUCUCACGGGUUUGUUAGUAUAAAAUUGUACUCGAUCGUGGAGUCUUUUGGAUGUAAAACAAAAGAACAAUGGCGAAUGGAUGGUACCUUUUGUGGUGUGGUAAUGGCUUGUGCCAGCAGCCACCUGUUGAACGUACAGGGCAUUUCACUAAAAACAGAGAUCCUUGUACAGGACUAACAUACGCCACAGAGAUUUCUUUAGAAACAAGUUCACACUUAGAUCUUGUUUUAAAAGUUUUGAGAAGUUAUUUUAGUUUUCCUUUAUGAUAUCCAAGCUCAAUUGCAAGAAAAAGUUUCAGAAACAAUUACAAAUAACACUCGUGUAUUAAAUAACAAUUCGUUUUUACAGUACAUUUGCUCAAAUUUAGAAUUUAUA